CUUUCCCUUCCUCUCGCUCGCUCUCUCGCUCCCUCUCUUCUUACAUACGGUGCUGCAGUCUCUUAGCUAGUAUCUAUCCUUAUUUUUUCCUAAACUGCAUAACUGACUGAUUAUACAGACCUGGGAGCAAUAGAACGAAUUUUGAGAUAAAAAAAGUAAUACAGACAUGGCCACUGAAGCACCGAAAGGGGGUCAUUUAAGUGGGAAUGAAGAUCCUUUUUAUUAUGAUUAUGACACAGUUCGUAUGACAGGAAUGAUUCUAGCAGUGGCGAUGUUCAUCUUUGGUAUUUUGGUAGCACUGAGUAAUAAAUUCAAAUGCAAAAAGUCAUCUCCCAACGGGAAUAGGCCAGGAGAAAGACAACAAAUUAAUUCUCAAGGUCCUCCGCAAUCCAUUUAGAGUGAUUUGCACUGAAGUAUUUCAAUUGCACCUAUUGCUGCUAUGCCAAGGAAGAGGGUGACUGACUCAAGACUCCUUUUACAUAAAAGAAAACUUUCCAGAUGUCAAUGCUGGAACCCAAAUUUCAGCAAAGACAAUGAUUUCAGAAAGCAGAUACAAGGGCUUUUUCAAAUUUGCCCGUUGGCUUCCUUUGACAAUGUGAAUUGCAAUACCUUGAUGCAUGCUAAUGUAAGCACUUUCAAGCUAUUGGUGGCACGCAAAAAAAAAAAAAAUAAAAUAAAAAAAAAAUUCUUCUCUGUUAUUAAUGUGGAGGGACUAAGGGGUUUGUGUAAUUUAUGUUGGUAAAUUAUUAUCAGAUACAAUAUUUUCUGUAAGAUCAAAGUAUGCAGUGCUCCCAUACAUUAUAAUGUACCUAACAUAAAUAAAACCCUCACUGUAUGUGAUGUUUCACUUUAUUUUCCACAUGAAGUGAAACAGGGUUCAGAGUUUUAUUGUUUUUACUGUACAAAACAAAUAACUUAUGUAUAAUUAAAUAUAGGUGUUUAAAAACAAGACAAUUUAAAGAAGUACAUCAUUUCAGUUAAACAUUUUAUUUAGUUUGGUAAAGUCAUAAAGAAACACUAUGAAUUAUACUGAGUGAACUAUUUUAACUUCUUACUUUUUUAAAAAUCAUGCAGGAUACAUGUACUGCUCAGAUUAUCAUCAUCAUUAUCAGUUCCCUUAUUCCCAUUUUACAAGAGGGUAGAAAAGUCCGUCAACUGUUACCAACUGUCCUGAUUUUGAUGCACUGCCAUGCCCUCCUGUCUCAGGUCUUUCCAUGCACAAUCCAAUCAACUGUUGGUUGGACAUCUUUGUCUUCUCUUGCCUCCUUCCUGUCUCUUUUCAUAUCUGUUUUAGCAAAUCACAAUCUGCUUCCUUAUUGCCAGCAUUUUUCCUCAACUUUUUAGCAUAUCUAGUUACCAGCUAAGUCACUUGUAUGAUUUUCAUGUAAUAAUAUAUUUGAACAAUAUGACAUUUUACUGCCUGUUGCUGAGUCAUGUUACCAAUUUUGUUUCAUUCUAGGAUGUCAGUUCAAUGCAAAUAAUAACAAUGCUCUACUGCCUAUUUCUCAUUUAAAUUGUAGAUCAAAUAAUCAGCAUCUAUUGUAGUUUUGUUAAAACCUUACCAGAUUUUAUACAAUGUAAAAUGUCCUUUUUGCGUCUGAAUGCUUAACCAAGUCAUAUCACUGCUGUAGGCGCAUAAAAUAACACUGUAAAUGUAAUGUACAAUUACUGCCGAGUAUCUUCAGAGCAUUUCUCAGCCAAAUUGAAGGUAGAGCUAAGUGUCGGUCCAGGCUAUGUAUCUAAGCAUACUUUCUAAGAGAAAUAUGUCAUAUAAUCUGGAGCUUGUUGUGGUUAGUUGUAUUAUAACCUGGGAGCACUGUUUUUUCUUUUUUCUUGUAACAUUCAGCAUAUAGCUGAACUACUUUCAGGUGUUUUAAAUGUUAUAUUUGUGUUAUGGAAUGCUGUUGUGAAAUUGCUUAGUUUUACUCUUUCCUGGAAACCUGCAUAGUUUACUAAUGUUUUGUAUGGUUUGUAUAUAUAUAUAUAUAUAUAUAUAUAUAUAUAUAUAUAUUAUUAUUAAUCAUGGCUGGAAAACAUUUAAUAUUUGCUUUAGAAACUAAAACAAUAUAUCCUUAUUCAGAUCAUUACCUCUCAUGAUAUUUGUUACAACUUUAGUUUGUGAUAUGCAGAAAUGCAUAUAUACACUAAUUGGUCACAUCACUCAAAGCUUGCUUUUGUAAUAAUAUUUAAAGAUGAAGCAAAAAGGUAAGGCUACACAAAAUCCUGACUGAGCAGUACCAUCACGGAUGACAUUUGAACUAUACAUUUCUGAAAAUGGUUACUAGACAUUAUUGUGCUGAAAACAACUUCUGAACAGAGGCUAAUAGCUCAGCCAGUGAUGACUAGACUGUAUCAGAUUGUUUAUUACUGGACGCAGUUUGAAAAAGUAAGAAUAAUAAAGGAAGACUUUUGCACAUCAAAGAA